AUGGAAUGUGCUCCAGCGUCGGUCGGCUCAACGUUGAGCUGGAAUACGUUCUUAUCUCGAACAUCGGUUUCUACACUGACUUGUGCCAUCUUCUCGGAGCGGCAAAGCCAAUCGGUAAAUGGGCUCGAGGAUGUCAUCCGGGCAGUGGGUUCGCUUCAUCUACGCCGCUACCGCUACGAGGAACUAGCCCGCGAAGAGACUCUUGGUGAGGGCGAGACGUACCUGGUAGAGAAAGCAGUCCAGGGUGGCAGCGUUUUCGCCAUCAAGCAUCUUAAGAUUAGCAACACCCCAGACGAGAAAACUUUCCGCAGGAGGCUCAGCGCAGUGACCAUCGAGGCGCAGAUCAUGAGACAUUCACCACUCAGAGCCCAUCCUAAUUUUCCCACCGUUCUUGGAUAUGGUUGGAAUCUUCGGGCCAAACUAAUUAUGCCUUUCCUAGUUGUUGAGUACGCUCCGCUUGGGACGCUGCGAGAGUAUAUUCAGAAGCUUACUCCGACGCUUUCUGACGUUGAGAUUCUUCUUGGUGACGUGGUGUCAGCCCUUGCGGCCUUGCACGUGUGUGGCAUUGUUCACGGCGAUGUCAAACUGGACAAUGUACUGGUAUUCCCAUCCCUGGAUCGUCCCGCCAAGGCGGUGGCAAAAUUGACGGACUUUGGCCACGCCCUUAUUCUAAACGACAAAUCGAAGAAGCAAGAGGAUGAAACAGUCAAGUACGGAGGUACAACGAUGUAG